GAUGCGGCGAAGUUUAGGUUAUGUUGAUUAGGCUGCAGUAGAAAGAUACUAGUCUGCAAAGAUAUGAUUCGAUGGGUAGGCUGUGAUUAUGAAAAGUUUGAUGAUUGAUAUAAUCCAUGAACGUAGUUUCCAGUUAAUUAAAACAUUAUUUUUUCCUUGAGCCCCCAUCUAAAUUAGAUUUCGGUAUUAUUCAAGGUCCAAUUCCGAUUUGCAACUAUCCGUUUUACUAAACUUUGCUUAAAACGAAUGUGCCUACAGUGUAAAUCAAUUCUUACAAACGUAUUUCCUCUUUGUCCGCCAGUAACAUGCAGUUUGAUCUUUUCAAACCUGACAUGUCGGUGGUGUCUGUAUGUUUUUCCAAAUGAUAUUUUUCUUUCAUGCAUGCUGGUGUAAAGUCUGUUUGAUUUUAACCGGACAUGACUGCGGUGGUUGUAGGUCCUUCCUAAUACUGUCUUCCUUUUUCCUUGCAUUUUGGUAUAAGAUUUGAGGUAGGAUUUCAGCCUUAUAUGACGGCGGUGUAGAUAGAUUCUUCUUGAGACCAUUUUUCCUUUCUGCAUGGCGGGGAGAAAUUUGAUAUUCAAUUUUAGCCUAACAUGACGGCGGUGUAAAUGAACUCUAUUAGAUGGUUUUCUUCUUUGACGUAUUGCAAUCCUUCUUGUUUGCUGUUUUGAUUCAUAGGUUUUUACUUUCACUUGUGAUUUUGAUUUGUUGUGGGUUUUUGUUUUAUGUCUAUUGUUUUGUGGAUGAUCUUCAUGAGUACUGGGUUUAUAUGUUGCAGGUGCUUUCCUCAGUGGAUGGGAGAUAUGGGCGGUCGGCGGUCCGGGCUGCUCUUCAACUUGGUUGGCAAUGUCCUUGGACUCCUGAUGUCCGGCGCGCGGGGGUACGGGCUGUUCCUCUACCUGAUGUCAUCCUCAGCUUGGCGGGUGAUGUCGUCCGGGUUGUCUUGGCAUUCUGCGGGGUGCAGUGUGACUUCAGUCUUGACAUUCUCGGAUGAUGCUCAGAUCUUGCUGGGAAAUGGGUACAAGGCGUUUGGUUGGCGGCAAUGGUUCCUCCCACACAAACUCCUCCGUCUUUGAAGUCGCUGAUGUGGGCUCCAGGAUGCUGUGUGGUUC